GAGUGGAUCAACAUGACAGGUUUCCUGUGUGCUCUGGGUGGCGUGUGCCUCCAGCAGCGCAGCACCCCCGGCCCGGCCACCUACAGCCCCCCCAUGGGCCCCAUGAGUGAGCGCAAACACUCCAUGAUCUCGAUGGGCCCCUGCGACGUCUACAACCCCGUGGUCUCCGUCUCCUCCUGCUCCUCGUCGGCCUCCAGCGAGUCGCCCGUCAGCCGCUUCGUGGACCGGCUGCUGGCCCUGCUGGUGUGUGGCCACGACAGGGUGGGCCUCCACGUGCGCACCAAUGUGAAGGACCUGCUGGGGCUGGAGCUCAGCCCUGCCCUCUACCCCAUGCUCUUCAACAAGCUGAGGAACAGCAUCGGGAAGUUCUUCGACACACAGGGGCCGGUUCCUAUCAAUGACACUAACACCCAGUUUGUGGAGCAGACCAUAGCCAUCAUGAAGAACCUGUUGGAUAACCACACGGAGGGCAGCUCCGAACACCUGGGGCAGGCCAGCAUCGAGACCAUGAUGCUCAACCUGGUCAGGUAUGUGCGCAUCCUGGGCAACGUGGUCCAUGCCAUCCAGAUCAAAACCAAACUGUGCCAGCUGGUGGAGGUGAUGAUGGAGAGGAGGGAUGACCUGUCCUUCUGCCAGGAGAUGAAGUUCAGGAACAAGAUGGUGGAGUAUCUGACGGACUGGGUGAUGGGAACAUCCAACCAAGCUGCUGAUGACGACAUCAAGUGUCUGACGAGGGACCUGGACCAGGCCAGUAUGGAGGCAGUCGUGUCUCUGUUGGCGGGUCUUCCUCUUCAGCCAGAGGAGGGAGACGGAGUAGAACUGAUGGAGGCCAAAUCUCAGCUCUUCCUCAAGUACUUCACCCUGUUCAUGAACCUGCUGAACGACUGCAGCGAGGUGGAGGACGAGGGCCAGGCAGUGGGGGGCCGAAAGAGAGGAAUGUCCCGCCGCCUGGCCUCGCUCCGCCACUGCACCGUCCUGGCCAUGUCCAACCUGCUCAACGCUAACGUGGACAGUGGUCUCAUGCACUCCAUCGGUCUGGGCUACCACAAGGACCUGCAGACUCGAGCCACCUUCAUGGAGGUGCUGACCAAGAUCCUGCAGCAGGGCACGGAGUUCGACACGCUGGCGGAGACGGUGCUGGCCGACCGCUUCGAGAGGCUGGUGGAGCUGGUCACCAUGAUGGGAGACCAGGGAGAGCUGCCCAUCGCCAUGGCGUUGGCUAACGUGGUCCCGGGGUCUCAGUGGGAUGAGCUGGCCCGCGUGCUGGUGACGCUGUUCGACUCGCGCCACCUCCUCUACCAGCUGCUGUGGAACAUGUUCUCCAAAGAGGUGGAGCUGGCCGACUCCAUGCAGACGCUUUUCAGAGGAAACAGCCUGGCCAGCAAGAUAAUGACCUUUUGUUUCAAGGUAGGAAGCAUAACACAACCCUGCCAUGAA